AAGAACGUGAAGCACUUUGUGCUGGACGAGUGUGACAAGAUGCUGGAGCAGCUGGGCUCCCCUCCCUGAAGUGCGGCUCGAGGCGCAUGGCACGGCUGCUCAGCGCUGGCAGCGUACAUGCGGCGGGACGUGCAGGAGAUCUUCCGCCUGACGCCCCAUGAGAAGCAGUGCAUGAUGUUCAGCGCCACCCUGAGCAAGGAGAUCCGCCCCGUCUGCAGGAAGUUCAUGCAGGAUCCCAUGGAGGUAUUUGUGGAUGACGAGACCAAGCUCACGCUGCACGGGCUGCAGCAGUACUACGUCAAGCUCAAGGACAGCGAGAAGAACCGCAAGCUCUUUGAUCUGCUGGACGUGCUAGAGUUUAACCAGGUGGUCAUCUUCGUCAAGUCAGUGCAGCGCUGCAUGGCCCUGGCCCAGCUCCUCGUGGAGCAGAACUUCCCGGCCAUCGCCAUCCACCGCGGCAUGGCCCAGGAGGAGCGCCUGUCACGCUAUCAGCAGUUCAAGGAUUUCCAGCGGCGGAUCCUGGUGGCCACCAAUCUGUUUGGCCGGGGGAUGGAUAUUGAGCGAGUCAACAUCGUCUUCAACUAUGAUAUGCCCGAGGACUCAGACACCUACCUGCACCGGGUGGCCCGUGCAGGUCGCUUUGGCACCAAAGGCCUGGCCAUCACUUUCGUGUCUGACGAGAACGAUGCCAAAAUCCUCAAUGACGUCCAGGACCGGUUUGAAGUGAAUGUGGCAGAACUUCCAGAGGAAAUUGACAUUUCCACAUACAUUGAGCAGAGCCGGUAACCACCUGCCUCGACGGCCUGCAGCCGCCCACGUGUUGCUUCAUGUCUUCUUUCUAGGCGCCAGAUGGGCCUCUUUCUGUUUUUUGUUCAAAAGCUGUAGAUUUGUGUAAGAAUAAAUAUGUAUUAUGGA